GAGAGACUGCGGCGCACGCGCACUCGCUGUGGCGCGCAACCGGGCCUCCCUUUUCCCGGCUUCCUCCGCGUGAGGAGAGGCGCGAGGCCCAUGCGUGGUGUGUUUGAAGCCCUUGGCCCUCGGUCUCUGCGCGUCCUUGAAGGUGACGACGCCAGCCCGUAUUUCUCCCUGCCUUCGGUGCGUCAGGCGGUCGGUUGGGAUCCACUGCUACCUUCGGUUUACUCUGCAAUACAGUGGAUACAAUUUGUUAUGGCUACUUUGAGUGUUAUAGGUUCAAGUUCACUUACUGCCUAUGCUGUAUUCCAGAAUAUACAGAAAUCUCCAGAGAUGAGGCCACUCUUUUAUCUGAGCUUCUCUGACCUUCUGCUGGGGAUAUGCUGGCUCAUUGAAGCACUUCUGUAUGGAACUUCAGCAGCCAAUAAAGACAUUGUCUGCUAUAACCUGCAAGCAGUUGGACAGAUAUUCUACAUUUCCUCAUUUCUCUAUACCGUCAAUUACAUCUGGUAUCUGUACAAAGAACUAAGGAUGAAACACUCCCAGAGUGGACACAGCACAUUUUCCCUGGUUAUCGAUAAUACUUGCCAAGCUGGUCAAAUAGCCAUCAUUUUGUCGAGCCUGAUACCUCUACUAUUGAUAACACCUGUAUUCUGUCUGGGCAAUGCCAGUGAAUGUUUCUACAACUUCAGCCAGAGCCAUAGGUGUAUCCUGAUGUACUCAUCACCAUCAGCCAUGGCUGAACUGCCUUCUGCCAACACAUCAGUCUGUAGCACACUUUAUUUUUAUAGGCUCACCAUUUUCCUGGCCAGCUUUGUACUCAGCCUCUUCACCAUUGUGGUCUUACUCAUCCAAGCCCAGACACUGUAUAAGAAGUUUGUGAAAUCAACUGGCUUUCUGGGAAGUGAACAGUGGGCAGUGAUUCAUAUUGUGGAGCAGCGAGUGCGCAUCUACCCAGUGGCCUUCUUUUGCUGCUGGGGCCCAGCUGUCAUUUUGGUGAUCAUAAAGCUGAUCAAACCACAGGACACCAAGCUUCAUAUGGCCCUCUAUGUUCUUCAGGCUCUAACAACAUCAUCCCAGGGCCUGCUCAACUCCGGGUUGUAUGGAUGGACACAGUACAAGUUCUUUCAACUAAAGCAAGAGACUCGACGUGAUGCAGACACCCAGACACCAUUAUUAUGCUCACAGAAGAGAUUCUAUAGCAGGGGCCUAGAUCCAUUGGAGUCUACCUUUGCUUUUGCUUCCAGCACCUCCACUACUCUUUGAAACUAUAAUACCGGAAUACAGGAACGAGUGAUUCCACACUAAGAGAUUGGGGAAAGUGCUGGGGAACAUCUUUAGUCUUUUGUAACCAUGCCUUAAACUAUGGAAAUGAAAGGAAAUAUAGUGUCGUGGUUAGUAGCCAUUCUAGGUGAAUUGGGCAGGAUCUUUUCAUUAUUUUCAGAUUCACUGGUGAUUUUCAUUAUUUUUAGAUUCACUGGUGAUUUGUUCAAGGAGAUGAAGCCACUUUCCAUCUAAGAGAUGGUCUCAUUACCUCAAUGAAUAUUAGAUUUGUCUAAGUCUUUUCUAGAAAAAAAAUAAUUCCAGUUUAUUAUUUAUACAUGCCAUUUCCAGGCUUUCUACUCUAUGGUUGCAGGUGAAGUAGGGUGGCAUGCAACAGUUUGCUCAGAUCUCGUCAUUGCUAUUACUAUCUCUGAGGUUGGACAAAGAAAGUUCUGGGUUUCUGUUCUUUGAAGAGGUUUGGAAACUCAGAAUAAGCAAGGACAACAACUAUCAAAAAAGUGACAGUGGGAUCCUCAGAUAUACCACAUUCUAGUCUCAUGGCAUUUGCAGGCCACAUGGUCAUGCUUCAUUCUCAAGAUGCGGCCAAGCUCAUGAGCCAUGAGAACUGCAUAAUGCAGCAUAUCUUCAUGAGAGAAAGAUUCAAGACUGAUUGCAUUCUAAGCAGUGCAGAUAUCACUGAGAAAUGCAUAGCCCUGGUACUUCCCAAGACUUUGGCCAUUAAGCAUAUGAGCAACAUCAUGUUUCAUCCUUCUCAAAAGAUGCCAGUCUCUCCAGGAGUCAAAAUUUAGAAGUAUUUCCUGCUUAGUCAGGAAGAUUUUCAGUAGGUUUCUCUCUGUCCAUAUGUGUAAUCUGAUAAAUACUGCUUUCACAUUUAACUCCUUCAUGUGCCUAUUGACCAGGGCAUGGGAAUCUGUUAUAAUCUGUGUUGUCUUAGUGACACUGUUAUUUGGAAUCGCUUAUUGUCAACGACAAUAACUAUUUCUACAUACUUGAGAAGUGUCCACAUAUAGGGCAUAGUAACUAAGGAGGGUUCUGUUCUGCUCUGAAGUUGUGAAGUGGUUAAGAGCUCAUCAUUUUUAUCUCCCCUGACUGCGUAAGACUCACCUGAUUUUAAAGAUAGGCUAUAAAUCACAUGUUCAAAUACGCUUGAUGUGAAAGAGUGCCAUGUAAAGUCAGGAUUCUCAUUAACCCUGAGCAAAUGCUGAUAGUCACAAGAGAAUCCAGGUCACCCUCUGAAUACCCAGUCAUCCUGAAUUAAGGCAUAUCCAGCCCAGGUUCCCGUUUUGAAGUGUGUAUAUAGGGAAGUUCUUGACAAAUAAUCCUUUUUUGCUUCAAAUUAAUAAUAUGCCAUUUUCCUUGUAUGAGCAGGUUAUAGGCCACAUUUUCUGCUUUUUCUUUCAGUUCUCUGAGUAUCAUUAGGUUCCUAGGGGUGACUAUCUCCUAAUAAAGGCGCAUCCCUUGAAGCAUAGUGACUCCCAGCAGUAAGAUGACAUGUAGCUUAGUAUGGGAAGGGCCCAUUCUCAAGCAUCUCACCUGGGGAGUUAUGGAAGAAAAAUCACUUAAAAUCUUAUCCAUGACCAUUUGAUUUCAUAGAAGAAAGGUCAGGGAGGGAGGCAAAGUAACUAACUGGGAUUGUCAUUGUCAUGGCCCAAGUGAAAUAGCUAGUGAUCCCAGACCUCUGUCUCUCAUUUGCCUUCCCUGGGACCCAGAUCACUCUAUGACACAGUCGUUUAGCCAAACGUCAAAGCUGUGCUGCAUGCCAGAAGGACAGUUGCUCCCACCUGAGUAUUAUAUGAUGACACCUGCCUUUUAGCUGCCUCUCUUCCUAUUCCUGUUGUGCUCUCUUUCUUUAGGAAUGUCCUUACUUUGCUAUCUCCCUCUAAAAACAAAAGUUUUAGUGUUCCUUAGCUGUGCUCCCCUGCUAUCUUUAUAGAGGGGGUAUACCAAGGAAAGGAAACUUUCAGAGGUCCAGCCAGUACUCUGAACCAGAAUUGAGCCCCGAGAAAAGAAAAAAAUGCAUAACUACCUUCCCUCAGUCCCUGUUCCCAUGGAACAGCCUUCUCUGUCAUCUUUCAUUGUUUUGAGUCAUUGAAGCUAACGGUUCCAGAGCAGAGGUUUGUGGAUCUCUGGGUAGGUCACAUGCCUCUGCUGUCCAAUGCCUUUUGCACCAUUUCCUACUCUGUACCAUACAACCCAUUUCAAACCUCCAGUCCUUUUCCUUGUUCCCCCAUUGUUCAAAGUAUGUUUAUUUAUUUGUUCAGUCCUGGAAUACAUAUAAAUUAUUUUUAUAAUAACUAACCCUGCCUCUGUAAAAAGCAAAUAUAUGAACUAGAGAACAAUGUUUGUGUUCAGUUAUUUUUGUCUUUAGUCUUGCAGUAUGAGAUCAAAAUAAUGUUCUUCAAAAUAAUUUAAGUUAGUAUUUUUCCAUCUAGACCAGUAUAUUCAGUGUGGUUAUAUUACUCAUUUUUUUUAUAGUUAGACCCUAUAUUACUACUUGUAUUUCCUUUUGGCUUGUAAAAUGUUACCAUGAUUCUAAAAGUCAGUUCUAUACCAAAAAAAUGUACUCCAAGUACACGUCCUUGAGCCUUUAACCUGUCCCCGUGUCCUCAUUCUUGCCGUUCAGAUUGUACUCGCCAAUCUCAAUAGUAGUUGGUUUUUCUGUAUUUCUUACUGCAAAUUAGUAGAUACAUGUAUAUUUCUUUUAUCCCUUCUUAUGUAAAUAUAGCAUGACAUUUUACACUUUCCUUUUUAAACUUAAAUAUACAUCUUAUAAAUCACUCCAUAUAAGUUUAUAAAGAUCUGUCUUAUUCUUUUUUACAGCUGCAUAGUACUCCAUUUUGUGGAUUUACCUAAAUUUAUUCGGUCAGUCUCCUGUGUAUGUGCUUUUAGUUGUUUACAUUAUUUUGAAAUUACACACAUGCAUCAACAAAUAAUCUUGCAUAUAUGUAUUUUUUGGAGGCAAAUUUCUAGAAAUGGGAAGGCAUGCUAACUGCAUAUGUAGCUUUGUUUGAUAUUACCAAAUUCCCCUUCGGAAGGGUUUGGCCAGUUUGCAUUCCGACUAGCAAUGUAUUGGAGUGCCUGUUCCUCCACAGUCUAAGCCACAGGAUAUGUUGCCAUGCCACACAUUUUAAUUUUCACCAAACUGGUAGGUGAAAAUGGCAUCUCAGUGUUGCAUAAUUUGUAUUUUUCUAAUUCUGAAUAAAUUUGAACAUAUUUUAAUAUGUU